GGCCCCUUCUCGUGGCGAAGACUGCGCGGGGCUUCCAUUUGGCUCGCAUGCACUUCGAAGCCCACAGACUCAACAAGCUGUACCUGUGUCUUGUCCACGGCUUCGUGCAGCAGCAGCAGCAGCAGCAGCAGCAGCAGCAGCAGCAGCAGCAGCAGCAGCAGCAGCAGCAGGUUCAAGGCGCAGGCGAGCUGCUUGGCUCUGAAGCAGCCAGCCAGGGUUUGCUGCUGCUGCGGGGCCCCCAGGGCUUCUGGGGGCUCAGCGGCCCCAUAGAAACCAUAAAGGGGGGCCCCCCUCACAACUUGCUGUUUAGCAGCUGCAGCUCACAGGGAAAGCCCUCCGUGACUCUCUUUCGCCCUCUUCUUUACCUGCAGCGAGACGGGCGGGCCUACAGCCUUCUUCUGGCGAAGCUGCUGAGCGGCCGCACUCACCAAAUACGAGUCCAUCUUGCUGCUCUCAAACACCCUAUUGUUGCAGACUACAAGUACCAAACAGGUCAGCAGCAGCAGCAGCAGCAGCAGCAGCAGCAGCAGCAGCAGCAGCUGAAAAGGUUGCUGCGCAGGCGCACGUGGGGACUCUCAGUUCGCAGGGUGCUGCAGUUUCUGCUGGCGCUGCUGCUUUCAAGGCUGCUGCUGUUUCCUGUUGCUGCCGGGUCUCCAGUCUCUGCUAGUCUUGCUGCUGCUGCUGCUGCUGCUGCUGCUGCUGCUGCUGCUGCUGCAGACCCCGCUGCCUACGUGUCUGACCGCGAGUGGUGCCCCCGUCUGUUCCUGCACUGCUGCUACCUGGGUCUGGCUGGGGGCUCCUGGAAAGGGUCUGGGGGCCCCCGGGGGGCCCCCACAGGGGCCUCCAAGGGGGCCCCCAAGGGGGGCCCCACAUUAGAGGGCCUCCAAGUCCCCAGCCCUCUGCCCGCAGAUCUCUUGGGGGCCCUGAGGGCCCUGCAGCUGCUGGCAGUGCCUCAGUAG